ACUGAGACGAGGGUGCAUGUUUGCCUCAGACUGCCGCGGACUCGUCAACAUGUCUUUUGUGAGGCUAGAACGUGACAUGGGGAGACUUCCUCUUUGUCGCCGCUCCACGCCCAUCCCUUCUUCUUCAUUGACCAAAACCUAGCAUUCUGGCAGCGCCAAGUAAAGCAACACCAUGGAAUACAUCAAGAAGAACCAGCAGUACAAAGAAGUCUCGUACUCAGAGCGCGAGGACGAAGAUUACCUGUCUAGCACUGAAGUUGAAUCCCAGCAUGGCGACGACGAGAAGGACUCGGAGAAGGCCAAGACUCAUCGUCCUAGACGAUCAAGACCACGGCGAUCGAGGACGAGCCUGUGGGUAGCUGAGUUCCGCCGCUUCAGAUGGCUUGUCGAUCUCGUGCUCUUGGUCAUCAAUAUCUCGCUGUCGGUGGUUCUGCUCCGGAACUUCAACCAGGAGAAUGCGACCAGCACUAUGCAGGUUGGCAGCAGCUUCGACGGGACGGGGCCGGACUUCCCAACCAAGAUUGUCAAAUUCGAAGCCGACCAAGCCUUUGUCCCAAACAACACUGCAGAGUUCUUCUCCCCCGCAACCCUAGAAAAAUGGAACACCAUCAUGCCCGUCGGCGCAGGCUGGGGUGCCCCAACCGAAGACACCUUCUUCACAACUUCCAUGACGCACCAGCUCCACUGUCUCUUCAUGAUGGGCCGCAUCUACGCGGCGCUCACCUCAGAGAUGCCCGAAAAGCUUAUGAGCGACUACCACUCACAUUACCUCCACUGCGUGGACUACCUGCGGCAGGGCAUUAUGUGCUCGGCGGACAUGGCCAUGGAGCCACAUGAGCAAACGGAUCCGGAUGACAAUGGGCCGAUGGAUGGGAGCUGGAACGGGCAUCAUGUGUGCAAGGACUACGGGCACAUCAUGCCGUAUUUGGAGGAACAAAUCGACCAGGGGAUCCGCAAGGUGCUGCCUAUCGACGAUUAG